UGUUAAAAUUUACUGAGGAGUUAAAAAUGGGAAUACAAAGGAAAGUAAUUUUACUAUUGACUUUGGUUAUACAACUGUCAAUACACUGCACUGCUGACAAGCCAUGCUGGAGCCAAAUAUUUGACCAGAACAAAUCAACAGUGUGUUUAUGUACGUCAGAAUAUUGUGAUGAGUUGAUCAGAGAUGAACCAUCGCUUGGAAACUACGUUGCGUACACUUCUUCCGAAGAUGGCUUGCGGUUCCAGAAAUCCACGAAAUCUCUUCAAACGUUUAAUUUUGAUAGUCAAGCCGCAACAUGCACGCUCUCCAACUACUGCUACCCAGCUCUGUAUUUGAACACCAGCCGCCUGUACCAGAAGGUAGAGGGCUUCGGAGGAGCAGUCACUGAUGCCGCCGCCAUCAACUGGCUUAGCUUGGAGAAUGAUACAUUGAGGCAGCACCUUAUUGAUGCGUACUUCAGCAGGCAAGGUCUGGAAUACAACAUGAUACGAGUGCCAAUUGGAGGAUCGGACUUCUCAACGCAUCCUUAUGCUUACAAUGAGUACCCAGAAGAUGAUGUGCAGCUCUCAAAUUAUACUUUGGCUCCAGAAGAUUACGAAUAUAAGCUGCCAAUGAUCAAAGCAGCAAUGGAAGCUGCACCAGGCUGCGUGCACGUGGUGGCCUCUCCCUGGUCUCCUCCCGCCUGGAUGAAGACCAACAACAACAUUACAGGCAUCAGUCGCCUCAAAAAGGAGUACUAUCAAACCUACGCUGACUACUAUUUGAAGUUCCUUCAGCUGUACGCCAAAGAAGGUGUCCAGGUGUGGGCCGUCACCACAACCAAUGAGCCCACGAAUGCGGUCCUUAGCGACACGCCGUUCAAUACCCUAGGCUGGACUGUGGUAGACCAGGCUGACUGGAUAGCGAAUAACCUAGGGCCGACUCUGCGAAAGUCGCAGUUCAACACAACCCUGAUCCUGGCAGUGGACGACAACCGCGACAAGAUUGUUGAUUACUUUAAUAUCUUGGCCUACACAAACCCACUAACUCUGCAGUACAUCGACGGGGUUGCCGUCCACUUCUAUUACAACAAGUUGGUCCCCCCAGAGAUGCUCACGUUCCCUUUAAAGAACCACCCAGACAUUUUCGUCAUUUCCACCGAGGCUUGUGCGGGAUUUUUACCAAAUGAAUACCCUAAAGUCGACUUGGGUUCUUGGUCCAAUGCUCAGCUGUACAUCCGGGAUAUCAUAGAGGAUUUAAACUACAACGUCACUGGCUGGAUAGACUGGAACCUCUGCCUGGACCAGCAAGGAGGUCCGAACUGGGCCAACAACUUCGUGGAUUCUCCCAUCAUCAUCGCCGACGAUAAGCAACAGUUCUUUAAGCAGCCGAUGUACUACGCUCUUGCGCAUUUCUCGAAAUUCAUACCAAGAGGUUCUAGAAGGAUCCAUGUACAGAGCUUGUGCAAGAAGAAUAUUGAGAACGUAUCUUUUUUGACACCGUUCAACACAAUUGUAACUGUUCUUCAUAAUAGCGGUGAAGCGACAAUGGUUGACCUGGUGACGUGUCACCGCCUAGCCUCCGUGGAGGUUAGGAGGAACUCCAUAACCACUGUGGAGUUUGUGAACGAGCCCUGCUAAUACAAAAUGUUUUAUGGAAGUGUAAAUAACGUGGAAUUUACUUUCAUA